AUGGAGCAAGUUGUUGAUGAGAAAGCUGAGAAUAUUGUAUCGAAUGAAAUUAAAGAGAACCUGAAUGGUGAUGUAUUAAAGUCAAAUGAAACAGACACAGAGAGAACGUGCACAGGUGACAAACCUUUAUAUCAGUUUAACACUAUAUUGAAUGUCUGAUAGUUUACGGUCCAGUUUGGAGAGGGUGGAAAAUACACAUGCAUGACUGCAUCCCAGUUCGAAGAACGUGGCGGAACUUCAGAAGUGCACCCGAGGGCAAAUUCUCUUUCAAAAUAUAGCGCACCUGACCUCAGUGCUUCUGUUAGCUUCAUCCCUAAAGGUGCACUUGGUCGGUCGAGUGAGACAAAUUAAAAAUUUUAUUUGUACGUACCUAGACACCAAAAAUAAUAAAUAUCCAAACACGAGAAAACAAUGUAUGAAAACACGAGCGCGACACGAGCUCGAGUUGUUUAUAUGGCUUCUCAAAUGAAUCGAGACGUAACAGAAUGUUUUCGUUUGCUGAUUUGAAUAGAAUUCUUAACCAAGCAUAAAAAUAGGAAUAGGAAUAUAUAUAAUAGGAAUAUAUAGGAAUUCUAUUCAAGUAAUUUUGCAUGCGUAUUAAUUAAGAUAUUUGAUGAAAACACUAGUGACUUUCAUCAAGUUUCACCGGGUUAUCCAAAUGGCAUCUUGUGAUCAAAUAGGUGAUUAUCAUUGGCUGAAUUGCUCAUGAAUUAUUAAUGAUUUGAGAAAUAUAUAUGAAGUAUUUAAAGAAAUUGGAGAAAUCGAGUUGUAGGAAGACAGAGAUUAGCAGAUGUUUUAACAUUUCAUAUUUGUAGUGUUGUAAGACAGAAAGACGGAGAAAGUAGAAAGUUGAUUGAUUCUGCUACACUUGGGCAGUAAGAAAGUCACACUUACAACCGAGAUCUUGUCGAAAUGUGCCACCUUCUGCAAACUGACUUGACGGACUACAUUACCUACUUGAUAUCAGAACAUUGAAUUUAACCAUUUCAGAAACCACUUAACACUCAAAUUUGCAUUUAUAGUCUAAACAGCUAGUAGAUAUAUAUGCUAAUUUUAUAAAUUUGAAAUAUAACUUUAAAGAAUACCUCUACCCACUGUUAACCCAUGCCGUUGAGCGUGAACCACCAUGCACUCUCCCUUUCACAGGUAAAAUUGCCUGGCAUUAGACGGAGUAAGAUAAUAAGGUAGGAUGCACCAGGGCACAAUGUACGCAACUUACUGCACACACAUAAAAACAAUCAUGUUGUUGCAAUAUUGAUGAAAACAGGAUUGAACAAUGUUUUGCUGCCCACAUUGUUCACAGUUGUCAACAAUAUUGAACAAUACUGUUACACCCGAUUCAGGCUCAACAAUAUUGUUCAAUAUUGUUGACAAGUGUGAACAACAUGGGCAGCAUAACAUUGUUCAAUCUGUUUUUAGCCGUGUAAUGGCUUAAACAAAACCUUUCUUUGUGUUUGCCAGUACUACAGCUUUGUUUAGUAAGCUGGGCAACCAACAUGAAAAAUUUUUGCAUGAAAAGUUGGAAAGCACUAUAUCCACCUCCAAUUAGUGUAUGCUAAUUUCCUUGAUUGCAUCACAGUUCAUUAGGUCAUUCCAGAAGUGAUAUCCUGUUAUACAAAAUUUAAUUGUGCUGUCAAACCAUGUGCAUUAUAGAUUCCAUGUAAAUUGUACAUUUGUACAAUAGCCUUAUAUGAGAAUCUAGACAAACUAAUGUGGUACAACAAGUCAGAUGAUCUGAAAGCCUUUCAGUGAUAUGACUAAAUAACUGUGUAACAAAAAACAAUUUAAAUAAUUUUUGGGGGGCCUGCCUGUCAAAAUGACCAGCACCAAUGCAUUUGUGCCUGUCACCUAAAAAACAUAGUCUGUAUUACCUGUCCGUCAAAAACAUAGGAUACAAUAUGCAGGUUACAUAUUAUAAUUAUAUGUUCAAUGGUAUUUAGAAAUUUGUAGCUUUUGCAGAGCAGCUUUUGCUAAUCUUGCAUUUUAAUUUUGUUGAAAUAAUAUUUUGCUAAUAUAUUAUAGAAAUAAUUGCAUAUGUAAGUUUGCUGAUAAUUUGAUAUAUUUUGCUUUUAAGCUAAAUCUAGACUUUAAGUAACAGGGAAAUUCAAUUAUUUUUGUAUAUUUUCUCAAAAAUGGAAGGAAAUUUUGGGAAAAAGAGAGACAUUUUGAGUGAUUAAGAGAAGGAUGUUGUUUAGGGUUGAAAUGCUGAAUAAUGCAAACUGGACAAAGUAACAGACACAAUUAUGUAUCUGACUGGUCAAUGACCAUGACCAGAUGCUUAUUUCCAGAUUUGAUAUUUGGUAGGCUAUAAAUUAAGCUACGGUAUAUAUUUUAUGAAAUUUAAGGCAAUCAAGUUUAAAGAACUAAGAUUUCAAGCUAUAUGAAAAGUGGUCAUAUGUUGGCAACCUAAUUGCUCUCUCUGAAAUGUCUGCCAUCAUCGACAAUCCAUAUACACUGUAUGCUGCCACUACAUGAAGGCAGAAUGCCAUGAUAGGAAGAGUUGAGAUCAAACCUGCCACCUUUGGUUUGCUAGAUGUUCAAUGCUCUACGAACUGUCAGCUAUUCAGUACAAGGUCAAGUCAGUUUAAUUGAGUGUGUAAUAUUUCUGAACUCAGUCUAGUUCCUUCAAUAUGGUGAUGCAAAUUUAAUUUGAUUUUCUUUGAACGUUUUUAAUCCAAUGCAAAUUUGCUUAAUUUAUAAAUUAUUUUUCUAGUUUUAUUGCACUGUUACUCGAUCAGUUAUCAUUCAAAGGUUUUCAGAAAUAAUUUGGGGGGGCUGUUUCCCUUCUUGCCCCCCUGUGUUGGCCAUUGCCACGAGCCACCAGGCAAUGUUGAUUUGUUCACAUAUGUAUACAGUAAGUAAACUGUAACCCACUGUACCCACACACUCAUGUGUAUUACACUGUACAUUCAUUCAAUAUCACACAUGGAAUUUGAUUGGGGCAAUUGACAAAUUGGCAAUGAACAAUGCGUUCUAUAAAUAUAGAUUGCUGCAGUUCAUCUUUCAGAUUUACAGUAGGUCGGCGAAACGACGAAUUUCGCCAGUGGUUCCAUAGAAGGCCCAAUAGUUAGUGCUAAUAGGCAUAAAAAUGACUAAAAUUGUUUAACAUUCAAUACAUUUUCAUUGUGUUACCAUUGGAAUAUUCUACCAACUGUUUUUGUAGUUAUAGGUGUUAAUUUAAACCAUGCGAUGCUCGAUCGUCGCAUGGUUUAAACUACUGUAACACCUAUGGCUACAAGAACAGUUGGUAGAAUAUUUUCACGGUAACACAAUGAAAUUUUAUUGAAUUUUAAACUAUUUUUAGUAUUUUAGUCAUUUUAGUCCUUUAUAUGCCUAUUAAUUAUUAUGUACCACUAACUAUUGGGGCUCCUAUGGCGGUUCAGAUAAUUUUGUAGCAAAUUCGCCGUGUAUCAAUCGCAUUUUGCCAUAACUGAGCAAAGAAAAAUCUCACGAAUAGUUCUAGAUUUCCGAACACAUGCUUACUGUAUAUACUUACAUGUAUUUUGUGUGAAAAAUAGUUCUCUUUCAGUAAAGUAAGCUCGCUCUUAACGACAAUCAACUGUAUGAGACUGCCAUCAUGGUAAAUUUAUCACGUUAGAGUCGUUCAAUAUGCAAAUUUCAAGUUCGAUACUACGGAUUUCAUCAAACUGUGGAACACAGCAACUAAAACAUUUGUCGGUGUUUUAAGUAGAACAUUUUAACAACUGCGCCCACGAACUUGAGUUGUACAGUAUAUUUCAUCCCUGAAAUACCCGGAAAUGGUAUUGCAGAGCAUAAAAAUUCGAAAAUAUGUUGGGGUGGGGGGCAUACCGUCGGACCCCCUAGGCCCUAGCAUGAUGGUCCUCCUGAGGUCAUCAGUAACAUUCUCCAGAGACUUUCACCAAAACCUGAAAUGCUGGUUGAUAUUAUUUGAAGGUUGCUCUGAUUUGGAGAAGCAAGUUGCAAUAUUAGGAGAGGAGCUUGAGUCAUUAAAAAAGAAAUUUGAGAGAACUGAGAAGCUUCUUGAGAAAGCUGAAUUUGAACGUGAGAGUUCGUCAAAAUAUGUCGAGUCAUUUCGGGAACAAGUUAGUCAACUUCAUGAGAAACUUGCGGCAGAAAGGAAGAAAAAUGAAAACCUCGAAAAACCUGUUCAAGAGAACGGAGAAGACAAAGGUUUGUUAAUUGACUGUAUUAUGUAUGUACUUUUAUGUCUAGUGAGAUUAGAGAGGUUCAGAUUUGACUUUUACCACUGCUACCUCUAACUGCUUUAGUUCGCAUCUCAUUGGUUAAUCAGAUAUGUGAAACGCAUGCGAUUGGUUAAUAGUCCCUUAAUGGUAUCGGUAGUGGAAGUCACAUCUGAACCUUUGUAAUGAUUGAUUGGAUUGAUUAUUAAUUUAUAUAAUAUUCUAGGAGAGUCGUCAACAGCACAAGAGAAGGCUGACACUGAGAUGGUAAGUUAAUGCAUGCUUGUAUAUUCACCGCGUAUCUUGUGAGUUGUGGCGGGAGACCAGUCCAGUGGGGAAACCUUGUGAGCAACUGUGUGUGAGAAUGCCAAUUUUGGCAAUAACUCAGAGCUUGACGGCUUGACGUUCCAUAAAUAAAAUUUGGCCAUAGAACAGGAAAAUAGUCAAACCACGCAAAAUUUGAAAAUAUAAAAGAGAAUGUUAUAGAAAAGAGACACCUAUUGUAUAAAUAUUGUAAAAAGAUGGUGGGAAAAAUUGAAAUAUACUGCUAUACCAGCGUGCACAAUUACAAAACCUUCUGCCCCAGGUUUGCAGUUAGCUUCAGUCACUUGCAGGUAACGCGGUUACCUCGUAUCCCAACAUCUGACACUCAUGAGUACUGCAUAUUAUAAAGGUUAAAAUCCGUUGUCAGCCGAUAACUUCAUGAAAUAAAGUAGGAAGUAAAGCAAGUAAAGAACUGACCCUAUUUGAUAUAGCAUCUUCGUACUGUUCAUCUCUUCAAUCACACUUGCGCACACACCUUUUCUUAAAGUUUGUUUCCUAUAAAGGGAAUGUUAUGAUAAUGUAUAAAAAAUAUUCUUUUAUCACAUACUUGUACCUUUAUCGGGUAUAGGAAGCACCGGGAGAUAAAAACGAUAUCGUCCCGGAUAUCGCUUUUUGUCCCGGAUAUCGUUUUUUGUCCCGCUAAAUUUCGCACCUUGUCAUUUGAAACAAAGAUGGCCGACUCGAGGUUCAAAACUACUACUUUUGGGUUUCUAACCCUGAUAUAAAGGUACAAGUAUAGGUACAAGUAUUAAUAAAUAGGUUAUCGUACUCGGGAUUCGGUGAUAUCAGUUUUAUUGCUCUCGGGACGAUAUCACAAUAAAUUUGUCCUUCGCUUGCUGCGCUCGCUCGUGACAAUUGUGAUAUCGUCCCUCGAGCGAUAAAACUGAUAUCAUCUCAUCCCUUAUAUGAUAACCUAUACAUAUAAAUAUAGUAAAAAUGUAUGUUUCUAAUAUUUUCUCUACUUUUAGGAUAUCGCAUCUUCCAUCAGAGAAGCAGCAAAGGUGAUAAUGCACUUACUGUAUAGUUAAACACUGGGAUACUGCACACAUACACAGCGCCAAACUCCUCCAUACUGUGGUUGUGCAUGAGGAUACAAACCAUCUCUAACAACCAUGCUUCAUAGUCACGCUUUAAAGAACGAUAUUAGGCACUUCUAAAAUGAGAAAAAAAUGAAAUUUCUGUUUGCUUCAACCUUAGGAGAUUGCAUCCUCGGUGAGACAAGAGAUUGCAUCCUCUAUAAAAGAAGCAUCAAAAGUAAGACUAUCGUGAUUUUUGUCCUCUUUUAUCCCCAUAGCCACAGGUUUUUGAAACUUUUGAAACAAACUAAACAAAAACCAAUUUGAAAAACAAUUAAUCGUUAACUUUUCUACGCUAAUAUAUUGUAUUAGCCAAAUAAAAAUGGGUUUUAGUUUGAAAGCAUCAGUGAUAGUAUUCGGUGGCGCAGAGCAAGCGCCUUUCACCUCUGAGAUCGUGGGUUCGUUACGCGCUACGGACUCAUGUGAAAAGAGUCUGUCAACGCUCUGCCGAAAGUCGUGGGUUUUCUUCUGGUGCUUCGGUUUCCUCCCAUAGAGCAAGUUGGCGGGGUCCGUUAGGAUAAACACAGUUGGGAAAGUAAUAUAUCAAUUGUUGUAAAGAUAAAUAGUCUAGGCUAAGUAUUAAGUAAUAUGAGCGUAAUACUUGAUGUAAUCCGCCACUGAAAAGCCCAAAUGGGGAGUGAGCUGAAUAAUAAUGUAAUAACAUCAAGUCGCAAAGAUAUUGCGAGGUGAAAAUAGCUCCCUACGCCUCCUUAGUUUAUGGGAAAGUACCAUUAAUAUUGGUUAAAGAGUCAUUGUUAACCACAAUGCAUUUGUUUACAUCUUACCUUCGGAAGUGACAAAUAGCAACAAAUGACGAUUAUAAACAUUACUUUGGUGCAAAUUUAGUAUAAAAAAGUUAAAAUGAGCAAGUAUAACCACAGCAUGGUAGUAAUAUAUUAUGGAUUGAAAACCGAAACAUCUAUUAUUCCGCCAUUAAAAUGGCCGCCAAGCAGAUUUGGGCGCACAAUGCAUUGUUGUUGACAAUGACUCUUGAAGGUAAUGUUAUGCGAGCCAAUAUUCCGUGCAACUUGCACUGAAACUAUUUCUUUUUUAAAUGUAAUUUUACAGCUUGCAGUGAGUUGUCAGACGAAUGCUUUUCCCAGCUGCAUUGCGAUUAUAUGUCUUGUUUUGAUAUGCAAUAUAAUUUCUUUCUGAUCUGUCACGUCCAGAAUAUUGCGAGGCGUGUUGCAGUGGGAAUGUUAGACGCUGCAACGAGAUGA